AUGUUAGCCGAAGACGAUGCUACGAGUGUAUGUUCUAAAGUUGUCUCACUCAUUGUUGACGUACCAUGUCAUGGUAUGAAUUUGUCUCAUCGUUUUCCUAACAUUCAUACUCUCACCGUUCUGUCAACACAUAAACCUGAUCUUGGUAAUUUUCGUCGACUUCGACAUCUGGUGACGAAUAACAUGGAAUUGGUUUCUUGUCUCGCACAACGCAUCAAUACACUAACACUGAUCAAUGACAAUGGUGCUAACUUCAAGACAAUUAUUUGCUCACAUGUGCACCACUUGACUAUUUCCAAUUUUUACGUCAAUAAUGUGAACACAAUUACUUCGCUUAUGCCGUGUUUUCCCAAUCUUCAUUCCCUCCAUAUUCAAUUUCGAUCAAAUGCUGCCGUGUUUCGCGACAGUCUUGAUAUACUAUUUGAUGUUCAACAAAGGCCUGAUUUUAAAUUACUUCGUACGAAUUGGAUUCCAAUGGAUUUUCAUGACUACAAGUCCAUCAAAAUGUGGAUCGCUGACAAUACAGAACUUAAAUCGAGAUCGAUCCCGUUUCAUGGCCAUUGUGAUGGUAAAUCUUUGACUGUUUGGCUUUGA